UAAUUUGUCCAUCUUUUCAGUGAUGAGACAGCGCUGGGAAGUAUGGAUAAAAAUAUUGGAGAGCAGCUUAAUAAAGCUUAUGAAGCCUUUCGACAGGCAUGCAUGGAUAGAGACCAUGCUGUGAAAGAACUGCAGCAAAAAACAGAAAGCUAUACGCAGCAAAUAUGUGAACAGCAGGAACAGAUAGAGUUUCAAAAAAGUAUGAUUACAAAACUUAAAUCACAGUUGGCUCCUGUGAAUGCUAACAGAGGUAGUGCACAUGGCCAUGUUCUGGUGCCUGAAGAUAGUGAAACAUGGAGAAAUGACACCUCCCCUAAUCUAACUUUUGAUCAGCUCCAUGAAAAACUGAAACUAGCAAUGCAAAGAGAGAAACUUUUAAAGGACCAGUUGGAAACAGAGAGCAUUAAAUUGAAGGAAACUGAGGAAGAAAACAUUCUAAAGGAAAAUAAACUUGUAUCUAUUAUUGCCGUUAAAGAAGAAGAAAUAAGGUUUCUAAAAAACAGAUUAAAAGAAAAAAGUGAAGCACAGGAUUGCAUACAUAUGCCAAUGUAUGAAAUGGAGAUUAAACAUACGAAGAUUGCUCCAGCUAGACAGGAUUUAUCUCCAGGGAUCCCUGGUAUUUUAACUGUGCAUGAAAGGGAAGAUCUAGAGAUGGUUUUCCAGGAGAUGAAGGAAGAAUGUCAUCGAAUAUGCACAUUAGCAAGAAAGCAAACAGACCAACUCAGUAAACUUAACAUAAAGAGAGAACCUGUAAAUGAAAUUCCAUUUUCCAUGCCUAUUCAGUGUACUGAUAAAACUGAUGAACAAGCAGAAGAACUUUUAAAACCUCGGGUUAAAACAGAUAUAAAUAGAGGUGUAUCAUGCAUAACAUCUAUCACACCAAGAGGAGUGGGCCAAGAUGAGGAAGACAACUCUGUAGAAUCACUUUCUAAAUUUAGUGUCAAGUUUCCACCUACAGACAAUGACUCUACUUUCUUACAGAGCACUCCAGAUAAACCAACAGUUCCUUGUACUGCAAUAGCUGAAAAUAUGCUUCAAGAUCAUCAUUUUAACAUGGAUCAUGAAGACCAUGCUAUGAACCUGAGUAAAUUGGAAUGUAACACAUUUGAAACUCAUGGAGUUGACCACAUAACCUCAGCUAUGCAAAACCUAACUACACUUGACAAAACAAAACCCCCAAGCCAUACAGCCAUGCUCAAACAGAAUACUCAGGACAAAACACCAUAUUUGAAAACAGCAGACAUUGGUACCAAACUUGUACAUCCGUACACAAAUCAAGAUGCUACUGAGGUAAAUUUUCCCUCUUCAGAGGCCACUAGGAGGGCUGUCAGAGGACCUCAGCAGCCCUUCUGGAAGCCAUCUCAAACUCAAGAUAAUAACUUACUGGCACAGGGUUAUACAGACUCAGAACUGAAGCAGUCUGGAAUAUGUGAAUUCUGUCAAAAAGUUUUCCCACCAUCUACUACAUCCAGGGGGGAUUUUCUCAGGCAUCUUAAUUCACACUUUAAAGAACAAUCAAUGUAUCCGGAAGCAAGCUGAAUAAGGCUUUGUAGAGAUACUGGGUUGCGCUUUUGUGUAUAUUUCAUUUUUAAUUCAAGUGUGUAUGUUAAUUUCAGAAUUAAGACUAUGUUCAUAAUGUUACUGAAACUGUUUUUCAGUUAAGUUCAUUUCAAAUUUUACACAUUUAAAUUACCCAGUAGAAAACUGUAAUUCAGUUUCACUUCAGUAUGUCAUGUUGCAAUAUGAGCUUUAGGCCUGAUCCUACAAACCUUUUCUUACACAAGUUAUCUUCACCUGAGUAGUCCCACAAUAAUUGACUACUUGUGUGAGUAAGGACUACUUGCAUGAGUAAACGUUUGCAGAACUGGGCCUUUAAUUUGAGGCGAUAAAGUGUGAGCAAUCCUAUCAAUUUUUCCUCCUAUUUACUCAUUGUAGUAAAUAGGAGCAGGAACAGGCCCUAAGAACAUUUGAAGGGCUAGGGAGGAAUCUCCAAAUUUUACUUAAGACAAGUUCAGUGUUGUAUUUAUAUUGUAGAUAAGGUUCUUGUAAAAUCACUAGAGCAGCCAAGUAACAGGUAUGUCAUAGUUAAGAUACAUUUAUGUCUUUUGUUUCUUACAUCAUUGGCAGAGAUCAGCGUAAUCCACUGUAAAACUGUUUUAGUAAACAGAUUUGUCUCAGAAACAAAACAAUACUCACUCUCUGGCUAAAAUGAAGAUUGCAAUGGUAUGUAUCUUUGGCAGAAGUGCACUAUUAAAUUGUUAAUGUAUAUUAGCAUUCAUAAUUCAUGGAAAAUAAUUAUUCCUCUGUGGGAGCUGAUACGUGUUUUUACAUACAGAUAGGGUGACUAGAUGUCCUGAUUUUAUAGGGACAGUCCUGAUUUUGGGGGCUUUUUCUUAUAUAGGCACCUAUUACCCCCCACCCCCGUCCCGAUUUUUUACACUUUCUAUCUAGUCACCCUAUAUACAGAGAAGAUGAGAUGAACCAGCUUACACUUCCCCCUAAAACUAGAAGUUCAAAAGAUAAUUUAGCAUUUCUUGUGGUUCCCUACUGGAUGUUACUCAAACUCUAGGGAUUUUUUUUUUUUUUAAAAAUGAACACAAGUCUUCAGACCAAAAUACAUGUCUCUCUUAAACUAGAAAUCACUUUUAAACUACAAUUUAAAUUUUGAUGGCUGUGUGUGAAUUUUAUGAAUGUUAGAUCAGCUAGCUUGCAUUUUGUUUUUAAACAGUUGAUGUGCAAUGAUCUCUUCCAGGAGAGCCUUCUGCACUUUGACUGGACAGUUCCAGUCCAGACCUAAGUCGUAAUUAGCAUUAAUAUAUUUUCUGUAGCUACAGGUAAGCAUGGCGCUAACUUCUCUCUGUUCAAAGAUUUAUUGGGUGAUGGUAACCAUUUUACAAAGAUAAAGGGAAAUAUAAAUCUUGCAUCAUUUUUAGAAGUGGAUUUUUAAGUCAACUGGAGAAUACUCCUACACUAAACAUUUUUCUACAACUGUUUACUGUAGUUUUAAGUGCCUGCUGUGUAUGUGACUAGCUGUUGGCUGAUAAUGUACUGUAAUAAAGUGCAGGGUACAGUGCUUGUCUGUUAA